GAAACCGAUUCGGUUUAGGAGUCUGGGGAGCGAGCGAGCGAGCGUACAUAGCGCCCGGGACUCUCUGCUGCGUCCCCACCUUUCUCGGGAAGGGAGCUUGCCAAGUGCUCCAACACCCUGCUGCGUGGGUCAGGCAGCGAGCGGAAUCCGGAGUGAGACCGGACCAGCACCGAAUCUGCCGGGAGCCCCGGCGCUUUCCAGACCGGGGAGCCAGCCAGCCCCCUCGGAGUCAGGGCCCCUGCCGCCCCCAGGGGGAGAAACAAGUGCUUGAGAGCCAGCCUGAGCCUUUGGGAGUCCCCAUGUCGUACCCCAGGGCUCCCCCGCCCUACGAUGACAAGAAUCCCCUCUACCCCCCGCAGCCUGGGGGCCAUCCGCAGCCCGGAGCCUAUCCCGGGGGCUACCCGCAACCUGUACCCUAUCCCGGGAGCUACCCGCAGCCUGGGGGGUAUCCUGGGGGCUACCCUCAGCCAGGAGGAUAUCCCCACCCAGAUGUUCUGGUACCGCUCAUAUCAACACUCCCGAUGAACCAAGGGAACAUCUGCAUCCUCACCAGCUUGGGGGAUGACGUCGUCAGGACGAUUGACUGGGACGACAAGAGAGUGCGACACGCCUUCAUCCGCAAGGUCUACACCAUCAUCUCAAUCCAGCUGCUGGUGACCGUGGGCAUCAUCGCCGUGUUCACCUUUGUCUCCCCCGUCCGCACCUUUGUGCAGGGGAACGUUAUUGUGUACUACUCCUCUUACGCUGUGUUCCUGGUCAGCUACCUGGUGCUGGCCUGCUGCCCGGGCCCCAGGAGAUGCUUCCCCUGUAACCUCAUCCUGCUCACCAUCUUUACGCUGGCCAUGGCCUUCAUGACGGGAACCAUCGCCAGCACGUAUGACACCAUGGCAGUCCUGAUCGCCAUGGUGAUCACUGCCAAAGUGGCCAUAAUUGUCACCAUCUUCUGCUUCCAGACCAAGGUGGAUUUCACAUCGUGUACCGGGCUGUUCUGUGUGCUGGGGAUCGUCAUCCUUCUGACCUCGAUAGUCUCUGCCAUCGUCCUCUACUACAAAUAUAUUCAGUGGGUCCACAUGGUGUUUGCGGCCGUGGUUGCGAUCGCCUUCACCCUGUUCCUAGCCUACGACACCCAGGUGCUGGUAGGGACCAAGGAGUACAACCUCAGCCCUGAGGAGUACGUCUUCGGCGCCCUGGAGAUCUACGUGGACAUCGUCUACAUCUUCUUGUUCCUGCUGCGGUUCCUGGGCUGUAAAUAAAGCCUCUAGGGGGGCUCCCGGCUGGCAUGGCCCAGGGCCGAGGAGUGCUCUGGGAACACCUUGCUUCCUUCCUGCUUCUGUUCCUUUCUCCCUCCUUGCCCCGGUGUGUGUCACCCAGCCAAUGGCCUCUGGUUUCCCUCCUUCCCCGGGGAGCCCAGCGUGGGAUUCCCACAGUCUGUGCCUAGAGGAGUAGUGGGCAAGACUGUGCCCUGGAGAAGCCCAGUAAUGAGGCUUUGCCCAGCAAUGAAGCCAACGUUGGCAGAUUUCUGCCUGCCCUGUUAAUUGCUCGGCUGCCCUCUGUGCUCCCACGUGGUCUCCCGUCUUUCUUUGCUCCCCACGCUGCCCCCAGGGAUGUGUCAAUGCACCAAGUUCAUCCCCAUAGCAGCCCUCAGAACUCGGUGCCAGGCAAGGCACCUGCCCCCAGACCCACGCACACGGCCCCUCUGCCAGCACUACCUGCUAAGACAAGGGGGCACCUCAUAUUCCCCAAAAAUAGCUGAGAGAGGGCAUUUCUGGACAUCACGCUCCACAUGUUGAGCAGUGAGAUCAGAUCCUGCACCCUAAGGAGAAGUGAAUUCACUUCUCUUGUGGUAGAGAGCAGGCGGGUCAAGGCUUCCGUCUCUCACCUUAACGUAAGCCUGACCUAUCCCGCCCCGUGCCUGGCAAGCAGCGUUACUCCGAAAUAAUUUGCUGGAUGAUUUGAGUUGCCUGGAGCUGCCUGAGAUCAAGCUUGAGACAUGUCAGCCCCAGCUGCUGUUUGGACCCAGGUGAGAUGCCACAGGGGAGGGGAAAGCUCGGCAGAGGGGCAGCACCUUCAUCAGAUCCAAACCCACUCAAAGAAGAGCAGAAAGACAGGGGCUCGGUCCUCGCUCCGAUCCAAGCCCCGGUGUGCAAGCUCCUUCUGUCCUGCAGAGCGCCCUCCAGUGGGGAGAAGCAGAGGGGGCUGCGAUCAAUGCAAGGGGAAAUUUUUUUUACACGUCCUAGAAAUCAGUAUUUUCCCAGCACAGUUGUUACCCUGUGUCUGAGAGUGGGGUUUUUUUAACAGUACAACAAAAAUCUUUGGGGUUAACAAUACUGCUUUGGUCUCUGGUUUGUUACGUGCCUUCAACUAGCCUUAUGUUAAGUUUUUUUUUUUUUUUAAAUCUCCUUAGCUACAGCCUGUGAAGUGUACACAGGAGAGACCCAGGCUGGCUUUUGACAGGUUUCUGUUCUUCUUAAUUCAAUCUAUUUUAUCCUUGGUACGCAAAGGUUUUUGUAUCAAGCUGUCGUAUUGUAUAUUUGACUAGGCCGGAAAGCCAAAGGGCCUUGAAAUAACACCGUUUGACGGGGGGAGGCGAAUGGCACAAGGGGAAUUGCAAAGAACCGUGCUGUGUAUGUUGCUCAUGCUCUCUAGUAAGAGAGUCGCUUAUUGCAGGAGGAAACAGAACUGGGGCUGCAGGAAGGGGCCGCAGGCAGCAUUGUAAGUCACCACCCCUAAUACUAGAGGCUGGAACAGGUGCUGUAAGGGGGGGCGGGAUGGGGCAGAACGCUGCGUUGGAGUACUCUGGCUCCCCCAGGGCAGUGCUGGUGAAGCGGGGGGCAGCAGCUGAACCCAGAGCCGGCUCCCAGCGCCUCCUGGGAAGAGCAGGCUCAGAGCAGGGCGGCUGGAUCAGAAUCCCCAGGCAAAUGGCCAAAAGGGCAGGGUGUGGGCAGGGAAAGUGGGGGUGCAGCCAGUGUCAACCCUUUGUGCUCCUCCCACGACGCUAGCGGCUUGGGCCAGCCUUGUUCACUCAGUGCCUUAAAUCCCGAUGUCCCUGGCAGAUGAUUUGAGGUCAGCACAGCACAUGGCCGGGAGUCGCCCCUUUCACGGGCAGCCCUCCUCAGAUCUGUGCUACGCCCGUCUAGGAAGGGAGACCUGCCCGUUCUGAGUGCCGGCCUGGAGGCAGAGCUGCUGAUGAGCAGAGCCCGGCUCUGUCCUGGCUGAGGGCGGGGGCGUUGGCCAGCUGGGGUUAGCUUUGCUAUGCAAAGGGCUGCCGGGUGCGCUGCAGAGGUUAGUGGAUUGGCUCAACGGCCCCCCGUGCAGGACAGACCGAGAGACCCCUUCUCUGGGAGCGCUCCGCUAGCCAAGUUCGGAGCGGUCCCCAGUCCAUGCAGCAGGGGCCAUGAGGGGAUGGCCGUAUAGCAUAAGCUGUAUUAUAUUCUAAUGCUGCAGCCAGUGGGAGCAGCACGGUCAGCUCCCGGCACCAAAGAACAGGGUGCGCUCAAUAAAGCCACGCUAUGGCAUAAAGAGCUAAUGUGAUCCUGGGAUGUACAGCGAGGGGAGUGGUGAAUAGGAUCAGAGAGGUGAUUGUAGCAGAUCUACAUGCAGCCCUGGCGAGACAGCUACUGGCAUAUUGCGUACAGUUCUGGUGCCCAUUGUGGCCUUACGCCCCAAGUUCUUCACCGUAAUAAUAUUAUAUGCUUUUGGUAUAACUAUGGGGUAUUUUGUGCAAGAUAAGGCAUGUGAGAUCUCAUUGCAAAGGUUGUGAUUUACUAAAUGGGAUUAUCCUAUUUGUGUGCAUGUAUCAUUUUGGUAUCUGAAGUUAGGAAUGUUGUUUAUGAAUCUAUUACAAAUGUGUUUACAUCUGGGGAAUGCCCACUAGGCAAAAUGCAAUCAGUCUAGAUGGCUGGCUGGGAAGGGCCAUUAGGGAAAACAAUCGGUCUUAGAAGAUGCUAAUAUCCCACUGGGGAGCCUUCCUGGGGACAUUACAAACACCCUCUGUCUCAUGGCUGCUAUGGCCCUACAGAGGCAUCAUAGAAUACCAGUGUUUUUCCACUGAAAGGUGUGGGAACUAAAGUUGGAGACAAAGGAUUCCCGCCAUAAGCAAAAGCUAUAUAAGGCAGGGGAGUGACAUCAUCAUGGUUCUUCACUGACUCCCCGCUCAAAGGAGACUCCUGGAAACAUCUGAGAAACAAGGACUGAACGGGAUGUGGGGGGAAGGGCUGAACCCAGGCUAGAGGGGUUUCUAGCCUGUGAAAGGAAUAUUUGGGGUUUUAAGCUGCAAGCAAGUGCAGCUGGCCCUCAAGAACCUCUGCAAACUGCCUAAACCAACAGUUAGGGUGAGAAUUUGCAACUCAUAUCCAACUUCUUUAGUAUAUUAAGCUUAGAUUGUGUUUUUGUUUAUUUGCAAGGUAAUCUGCUUUGAUCUGUUUGCUACCCCUUAGAAUCACUUAACAUCUAUCUUUUGUAGUUAAUAAAUUUAUUUUUGCUUUCU